CGCCCCCCCGGCCGCCCCCGCCCCCGCCCCCGCGCGGAGCAGGGAGGCGGGCGCAGCUGGGAGGGCUCCUCGGCGGCGGCGGCGGCGGCGGCGGCCGGCGGGGUCGUCGCGCUGCCCGCCCGGAGCCCAGCCGGGAGCUGAGGCCGCUCCCGCCCGGGCUGCGUGUUCCGCCGAGGCGCCUGAGGCCGGCCGGCCGGGGGCACUUGCUGGGCCUCCACUGCGGGCGGGAGGGGCGGCCGAGCCCCGGCCCUGCCCGGCCCAGCCCAGCCCCGGGGAGCGGCGCCAGUAUCAACUCCAUGUGAUUGGAAGUACCAAAUAAGUUGAGCUUCCCCACAUCAAUGUACUGCCAAUGGUGGUGUAAAACCAAAGUUUGUACUGCUACCACAUCAGAGAUUUAUGGGACUUUGAGAGAGUAGUCUGGGUUAUAUCCUGUGUUGUGACCUCAUGGUUUAAGUGGGAAUAAAGAUGAGUAUAAGCAGUGAUGAGGUCAACUUCUUGGUAUAUAGAUACUUGCAAGAGUCAGGGUUUUCUCAUUCAGCAUUUACCUUUGGUAUAGAAAGCCAUAUCAGCCAGUCUAAUAUCAAUGGUGCCCUGGUUCCACCUGCUGCUCUGAUUUCUAUCAUCCAGAAAGGCCUGCAGUAUGUAGAGGCAGAAGUCAGUAUUAAUGAGGAUGGUACCUUGUUUGAUGGACGACCCAUAGAGUCUUUGUCACUGAUCGAUGCCGUGAUGCCCGACGUGGUACAGACCAGACAGCAAGCAUACAGAGAUAAACUUGCUCAACAACAGGCGGCAGCUGCCGCUGCUGCCGCCACCACCACAACCAAUCAGCAGGGCUCAGCGAAAAACGGAGAAAAUACUGCAAAUGGAGAAGAAAAUGGAGCCCAUAGUAUAGCAAAUAACCAUACAGAUAUGAUGGAGGUAGAUGGAGAUGUUGAAAUUCCCCCAAACAAAGCUGUGGUAUUACGGGGUCAUGAGUCAGAAGUGUUCAUCUGCGCCUGGAAUCCUGUUAGUGAUCUCCUAGCCUCAGGAUCUGGUGACUCAACAGCAAGAAUAUGGAAUCUGAGUGAGAACAGCACGAGCGGCUCGACCCAGCUAGUCCUCCGCCAUUGCAUCAGGGAAGGUGGGCAAGAUGUGCCCAGCAACAAAGACGUGACCUCUCUUGAUUGGAAUAGUGAAGGCACACUUCUCGCCACUGGGUCAUAUGAUGGAUUUGCCAGAAUAUGGACUAAAGAUGGUAAUCUUGCUAGCACCUUGGGGCAACAUAAAGGUCCUAUUUUUGCAUUAAAAUGGAACAAGAAAGGAAAUUUCAUCCUGAGUGCCGGAGUGGAUAAGACCACAAUUAUCUGGGAUGCACAUACUGGGGAAGCCAAGCAGCAGUUCCCUUUUCAUUCAGCACCGGCACUGGACGUGGAUUGGCAAAGCAACAACACCUUUGCCUCUUGCAGCACCGAUAUGUGCAUUCAUGUCUGUAAAUUGGGACAGGAUAGGCCUAUUAAAACAUUCCAGGGACACACAAAUGAAGUAAAUGCUAUCAAAUGGGACCCAACUGGUAACCUUCUGGCAUCCUGUUCUGAUGACAUGACUUUAAAGAUAUGGAGUAUGAAACAAGAGAGUUGUGUCCAUGAUUUGCAAGCACAUAAUAAAGAAAUUUAUACUAUCAAAUGGAGUCCCACAGGACCAGGAACAAACAACCCAAAUGCCAACCUCAUGCUGGCCAGUGCAUCCUUUGACUCUACUGUUCGGUUAUGGGACGUGGACCGGGGCAUCUGCAUCCACACUUUGACAAAGCACCAAGAGCCUGUGUACAGCGUGGCUUUCAGUCCUGAUGGCAGGUACCUGGCGAGUGGCUCCUUCGACAAAUGUGUGCACAUCUGGAACACGCAGACGGGUGCCCUAGUUCAUAGCUAUAGGGGAACAGGUGGAAUAUUUGAGGUUUGCUGGAAUGCAGCAGGAGACAAAGUUGGAGCCAGUGCAUCAGAUGGUUCAGUUUGUGUGCUAGACCUACGGAAAUAGUGCUACUAGUUGGAAGCCAUGGACCGACUAUGAAUGUGUACAUAGCCAAAAUGACUGUCCCUGACCCAUGUACUGCUCUAGUCCCACUGGAACCAUGGCCAGUCCACUACAGCCAAACCUAAAAGAAAUCUCGACAUACACUGUAUAGAAACAAAGCAAAAUUACACCAUGAAGAGGAUGACAGAGUUUUGUCACAGCUUGUGAAUCCUGUUCACCAAGUGCUGGCAUCUUAUCUGCUGUGCCCCCAAAUAGCAUUUAGAAGCUUGGGAUGUGAAAAGCAGAAGAGGAAAGGAACGAGACUGUACAAAAAAACCAGACCAUACGUGCACCAAAUCGGGAGACAAAUGGCAGCCUUCCCGUCCCCCUGCCCUCUCCCCCAACCCUUCCCCAUCUAAUCAUUAUGAUGGAUCUUUUUUUUCCUUUUCUUUCUUUUUUUUUCUUUUUCUUCAUCAUCAUCAUCAUCAUCAAUCAUCAUCAUCAUUUUUUUUUUUUUUUAAAUUUCCCUUAAUAGUUGAGCAGUUUAUGUGUACAGAGAAAAUGGACAUAUGUGAAUAUGCAGCCAUGGGUGGUUUCUUGCUUUUCAAGCAUUCUUUUUGGGUUUGUUUACUGAUGCAGGAAGUAAGGGAGUGAAACUUGUUUCUUGUUUUUAUUUUUUUCAUCUUUUAAACAUAAAAAAAAAAGUCUUUUAAAAAAUAUUUUAAUGCAUUGUUUUGAAGAGGCCAAGUGAGGUUUGGUCUAUUCUGUGGCUCUCAGAGCACAUUUUCCAUUGGUUUUGUGUUGGGGUGAGGGUUGAUUUUAAAAAAAUAUAUCUUAAAUGUGACAUUGGUCAUGUUAAUCAAGAAAGUACAUUAUUUGUAAGGGUAUUCUGCUCUGGUUUUUCUGGUGGUGUGGCUGAAAUGCAGAAGUUUCUUAUUUGGGACAUAUUUCCGCCAAACUUAAGAAUCGAAGGGCACAAUUUUUUUUUUUUAAAUUUACAAAUACAAGAGCUGCAUUUAAAAAAAAAAUCUUGUUGCUUCAAGACCAUAGUUAAUUAUGGUUUAGUUGUGCACUAUUGUGGAAAGGAGCAAAGUAGCAUUCUGGGGUGUUUUUGUUUUGUUUUUAAGAGAUAGAAAUCUUUCUGGACAUAGGUUUAUUUGCUUCUACCAGGAGUAUACACCUUAUGUGUAGGAGCUGAUAUAUAAUGUAACCAAAUUCCAGUAUUAAAAAAAAAUCUCAUGUCAAUUUUCUUUAUAUAAAUCAAAAUACCUUUGGCAUAUAUUUGAUAACACUGCCAUUAUGUGGCAAAAUGUUUACUACCUUAGUUUCAAAAGAAAUCUUUAGAACAGAAGACUUGCUUUAAGGUGUGUUUAAAUAGCAGUGAUUCAGCUUAUUAAAAAUAAUAAUACUUGCACUAAUAUCUCUGCUGCUCUGAUUCUGCAGUUAUUAUAACUUUUGGCUAUGUUUUUUUCAAGUAUAAGUAGGUGUAAGCUGCUAUUUUUAAUUAAUCACUACUAUAUUGUCCUUUAGUCUGUUUGCAAUAUCAAGUAUUUUUAUCAACAGAUAGCAAACUUUUGUUCUGUUCACGUGACUAGGGUAUACCAAAAUUUCUUUUGUAAAUUCAGCACAUUUUGUUUGUGUGUGCUGUUGAAAAGGGGUCACUUCAUGUUUCAUGCCAGAUUCCGAGGCUAUAAAUUUCUAAGAGUAUAGUUGUUAAAUUUAUGUCACAGAUGUUUUAAUUAAGGAACAGCUUCUAUCACAGAGCUUUGCAAAGUUAACCAUUUUAUAACACUAUUUCAAUCACUAAUAAUUUUGUGACUAUUAUUGCUUUAAAAAAGUUAAUCUACUUUGUUCUUAGUUUAGGCAUAAAUUGAUUUAACCCAAAUAAUGCAGCUUUUUUUUGCCAUUGAUUUUCUGCUAUUUUUACAAACUAAAAUGACUUGAAGCAAGUCUUCAUUUUGCUAAGGUAGGAUAGCAUUGGCCUUUGGUAAAGAAAAUACACUUAAUUCCACAUUCAUUCUUCUAUGUUCUCCAAUUAUUAGUGGAGAAUCUAUUCUAAAUCACAGCAUUUUUUAAAAAAAAAUAAUUCAUAUCCAGAAAGGCAGUCAUUCAUGAUGGUUUUGUGCCAGCUCUUUUUAGGGUUUUGGAACACAUGAAAGAUAUCUAGAACAAUUACCUUGUGAGUUAUGUAGAAAACCUCAUAGACUGAGUAUCUGGCACUUGGAUAUCCUACUUUCAUUGGUGGAGGUCUGUGUCCGUGGCUGACCUCUGUUGUUGUUUAAAAAAAAAAAAAGUAAAAAAUAAAAAAAAUCUGUGCAAUAAUUUUUAAAUGUGCUCCCAGGAAUAGCCACAAAUGUUUUGAAUAUGUUUAAGCUGCGUUUUCCUUUAGCGAUGCAUUUGUCAAUUGCACUGAAUUUAAAUCUGAAAGUCAGAGGUGAUUAUUGAUAGUACUUUUGUAUUUUGAUAUGGACAAUUUAUUCAUUUGCAUACAGUUAUUGACUGGUUUUUUCAGCCGAUUAUAAAAAGAUAGUCAAGGAAUUCUGCAAUAUGGCUGCCAGAAUAGACAGCUACAUUUUUAUGCUAUUGUCAUGUUUCCUUUUUUGAUCUUUGGCUAUUUUCCUUACAAAAAAAAAAAUCCAUAAUAGGAACCCUACACAGUUAUAAAUACAGAGCUUUAUUACCCUGAAGUCUCGUCUUACUGAGAGGUAUCCAUGUAGUAGGCCUGGGCUCUUAAUGAACAUUGGAUUAUUUAUUUAUUUUUGCUGCUGUUCUCAAUAUCAUCAUUGCCUGCUGAUGUGCCACGAUGCUGCUCCUAAGCUGUUUAAAAAAAAAAAAAAAAAAAAAAAAAAAGAGUCUAGAGCAUAAAUGUACUGGCCGGAGACUAAGUUUCACAGCCUUGUGAAGUACUGUAUUUAUGGAGUUGCUGAUUUAUUUGUCUCCACCCCUCCAUUCUCCCCAAGGGCUGAUAACUGAAAUAGUAAUACUUCUUCUAGGAGGAUAUGAUCGUUCUGUGAUCUAAGAUUACACUCUGAUCAUUUUAGUAGAAGCUAUGCUGAUGAAUUUGUUAUCAUGGGGAAGAAAGAGCUGAACAUUUCGGGGAUUAAUUGGUUAAAGGAGAAAGUAAAGUAAGAGGAGCUGUCAUGUUUCCCAUUCAUUCCUAAAGCUUAUGCAGGAAUCUCAUUCUUCAUAUAUCCAUGUAGGGAAGGAAGCCACGUUCUCAUGUGUUUGUUCCCUUUUCUCUUAAUGUGGAUCAGGUCCCAUCAUUGACUUUCUGAUGUAUUUUAGGCCAUGAUAAAUUUUAAGUAGGUCUUAGGUUAUUAUUGAUAAUUCAGUUAUGAUGAGCAAUUCUCUAGUGUUAGAUGUGAUUUAGGAUGAAACACCUUUUACAAAUACUAAAAGUGCCUCCCUUUGUGGUUUAACAACUAAUUAUGGUGCAAAAUGCAGGAAUCACCAGAUGAAAGAAGUACAGGAAGGUUUCUUGCUUUUUGACAUAUACAAAUGUCAAGAGAAAGGCCAAAGAUUUGUGCUGAUUUAACUUCACUUUUAAAGCACUCCUUUUUUUCCUUUCCCUGCUUUAUGUCAAAAUAGAUUAUUUAAUGAGAGAUGACUAUUUUUAAGGAGCUAGCUUUGUUUAGGUAGAAUGGUUUGGUUGAGGGUAUAAUUAUAGUUCUGGAAUAGACAGGCCUGAAGGGCAAUAUAUGUCCAGGGCUCUGCAGAGGGAUUCUGUGUGAAUCACAUGGAGCUGAUGUGGGCAGAGGGGAAUUGGGAUUUCACUAGAUGAGCAGAAACGAUGUCUCAAAUAUUGCUUAGUGCCAUUUACUCAAUUAGGAGCGAUGCUCAUUUUCCUCAGCUCAGGGCAUGUCAUGUUUCUCUGCAUAUCCUGUGUUCUGCUCUAGCAUGUUGCAGACAGUAUUUGGGUGACAGAUACAUGCAUACUAUUAAUAGGUCACAUCUGAAAGUUCCCAGGAAACCCUCUUUUUGGCGGACCAACAUUGUGGCAUGGCAGCAAAUGCCCAUAUUUAGGGAACAGCAGCAAAUCAACAAAAGACCCUGAAAGUUUUCUCUUGGGUCAAAAAGGGUGGAAGGUGCGGAGGGAAGUUAGGAAUGACCUUUUCUUCCAGUGAUAGCUCUGAAGUAUCACAAUUCAGUAUCAAGAGUUUCUUUGUUAAACAUAAAUCUGGUUAAAGGUAGAGAAAAUAAUUUUUUAAGUGAGAAGUUCGAGUUAUGUUUGUUUUUUUUUUUUUCUCCUCUUUUUUUUUUCCCAUACACUGAUUUAGAGAUAGAGCAUCUUAGAUCAGUAGUCUGAGGAGGUAUAGCAUUCUGUUUCUGCCUCUAAGUUUACAAUGUUAAUGCAGGGUGACGACUUAGGGCAUGCCUUUUUUCCCUAGUAAGCUACUUCAUGAUGUUUUUUGGAAUUUGUGAAUAAGUUCAGGAAAACAUUCUGCAUGUUGUAUCUAGUCCAGUGUACUUAUCCAUUUCUUUCUUUCUUUUCUUUUUUCUUUCUUUUUUUUUUUUUUUAAAGGCUGCAUUUUGCGGCUCUGUAAUCCUUGAAUACAGAAGUAAUUUUUUCCUCUCCUGACUUUGACAUUGUAGUUGUAAUGGUUUAAUUUUGAUUUUUACAAAUCCUUUGGGUCUAAUUCUGUGAGCCUACCGAUAGCACUGGAUUCAAACGUCUGCAUCAUUUCUUUAGUUAUCCAGUUAACUUACAACUGUUGUCAAAGUGUAAACCAGCCCAUGACAGUUUUUUGUACUUGUUAAAAGACUUUUAAUUCAGUUUUCAUCUUUAUUGUCUAAGAAAGACUGAUAGAGAUGUUCUAGGCUGUCCUGGACCAUGUGAAUUACACUUAGGAUGUAUUUUGGUUCUACAUCACAAUGGCUUACCCCAAUGCCCCCAUCCCUCGGAGGCACAUGUCCCUGUUGCAGUUUCCAUUUGCAUUGUAUUGCUCUGACAACUGUAAUUUGAAUCAGAUCUGAAAGAGGUCCAGAAUAAAAUAUAUUUUGA